GCUGACCGCGUCCACCCUGGCGAGGCCCCUGCUCCCGGGACGGGGCGGGGGAGCUGACCGCGUCCGCACGGCUGUACCUCCCUCUGUGUGUCUGAUUACUGUACAGCUUGCUGGAUUAGCCAUGCAGGUAGCGCUCACUCGUCCAGGCAAACUCAUGACUCAGCUGUCUUGUAAAUAAUUUAACUGCAGGCCCUCUCCCCCAGGGUCACCACCAGACCUGUGGCCGCUCCUGCUCUCCUGCCCACCACAGAAGCCAGCCGGGCGGCACACCCAGCCCCCGCCCGGUACCCCGUGGCCUGCCGAGCUCGCAAGGGGCUCCCCAGGUUGGCGUGUGGGCCUGGCGCUGCGUGAUGGAGGCGUGCCCUGAGCCCGGGAAGCAGGGUGCAGGCUCGGGGCUGGUGCGCCGACAGCCCCCUGCGCCCCGGGGCCUGCUGGAGACGCUGAAGGGCAGGCUGGGGCGGAGCUGUGCGUGCAGCGUGCCGCGUGCCCGGGCGCUGCUACAGGACCUGGUCCCUGCCACGCGCUGGCUGCGCCACUACCGCCCGCGGGAGGACCUGGCCGGCGAUGUCAUGUCGGGGCUGGUCAUCGGCGUCAUCCUGGUCCCGCAGGCCAUCGCCUACGCGCUGCUGGCCGGGCUGCAGCCCAUCUACAGCCUCUACACCUCCUUCUACGCGAACCUCAUCUACUUCCUGCUCGGCACCUCGCGCCACGUCUCUGUGGGCAUCUUCAGCCUGCUGUGCCUCAUGGUGGGGCAGGUGGUGGACCGGGAGCUCCAGCUGGCCGGCUUCGACCCCUCCCAGGACGGCCUGGGGCCUGGGGUCAACAGCAGUGUCCUUAACAGCUCGGCGUCCGUGCUGGGGCAGGACUGUGGGCGGGACUGCCACGCCAUCCGUGUCGCCACCGCCCUCACGCUGGUGGCCGGGGUGUACCAGGUUCUGAUGGGCGUCCUCCGGCUGGGCUUCGUGUCCACCUACCUCUCGCAGCCACUGCUGGACGGCUUUGCCAUGGGGGCCUCCGUGACCAUCCUGACCUCGCAGCUGAGGCACCUGCUGGGCGUGCAGGUCCCUCGGCACCAGGGCCCGGGCAUGGUGCUCAGGACCUGGCUGAGCCUACUGCGCAGCACCGGGCAGGCCAACGUGUGCGACGUGGUCACCAGCGCCGUGUGCCUGGCGGUGCUGCUGGCCGCAAAGGCGCUCUCGGAACGGCUGCGGCACCGGCUGAAGGUGCCGCUGCCCACGGAGCUGCUGGUGAUCGUGGCGGCCACGCUGGUGUCCCACUUCGGCCGGCUCCAUGAGCGCUUCGGCUCCCGGGUGGCUGGCGACAUCCCCACCGGGUUCGUGGCCCCGCGCGUGCCGGACGCCUGGCUGAUGCAGCGCGUGGCCCUGGACGCGGUGCCCCUGGCCCUGGUGAGCUCUGCCUUCUCCCUCUCGCUGGCCGAGAUGUUCGCCCGCAGCCACGGCUACUCCGUCCGCGCCAACCAGGAGCUGCUGGCCGUGGGCUGCUGCAACCUGCUGCCCGCCUUCUUCCACAGCUUCGCCACCAGCGCCGCCCUGGCCAAAACCCUGGUGAAGACGGCCACCGGCUGCCGGACGCAGCUGUCCAGCGUGGUCAGCGCUGCCGUGGUGCUGCUGGUGCUGCUGGCGCUGGCCCCGCUGUUCCGGGACCUGCAGCGCAGCGUGCUGGCCUGCAUCAUCGUGGUCAGCUUGCGGGGCGCCCUGGGCAAGGCGCGGGACCUCCCGCGGCUCUGGCGGCUGAGCCCGGCCGACGCGCUGGUCUGGGUGGCCACCGCGGCCACCUGCGUGCUGGUCACCACCGAGGCCGGGCUGCUGGCCGGAGCGCUGCUGUCCCUGCUCAGCCUGGCAGGCCGGACGCGGCAGCCACGGGCCACGCUGCUGGCCCGCAUCGGCAACUCCGGCUUCUACGAGGACGCCACGGAGUUUGAGGGCCUGGUCCCCGAGCCCGGGGUGCAGGUGUUUCGCUUCGGGGGGCCGCUGUACUACGCCAACAAGGACUUCUUCCUGCGCUCCCUGUACAGCCUCACGGGGCUGGACGCCGGGCGCUGGGCUGCCAGGAGAAAGCAGCGGGGGGCGGGGGCGGACGCGGGGGCGGACGCGGGCGCGGGGCUGGUGCCCCGGCCGGCCGGCUUCCACACCGUGGUCAUCGACUGCGCCCCGCUGCUGUUCCUGGACGCGGCGGGCCUGGCCACGCUGCAGCAGCUGCGCGGGGACUACGGGGCCCUGGGCGUGGCCCUGCUGCUGGCCUGCUGCAGCCCCCCGGUGAGGGAGACCCUGAGGAGGGGCGGCUUCCUCGGGGAGGCGGCCGAGGACGAGCAGCUGUUCCACAGCGUGCACGGCGCCGUGCAGGCCGCCCUCGCCCGCCACUGCCCCCAGGAGGCCAGCUGCAGCGUCUAGCGGGCGGCCCCUCCCUGUGAGCCCCGCAGGGGAAGGGGCUCCGGUCACGAGCGCGCACACACACGAGGGCAGCUGUCCCGGGCCGGCAGCGGCCCCCACCAAGCGGCCCAGGGCAGUCUCCGGGUCACCCGAGUGCUCCCACACCUGUGCCUCACCCCUGCUGGAGCUCGCAAGGCCAGGGCCAGCAGCCACCAGCCCAGCUGGGCCUCCAAGGUGUCCUCGGGCAGAGGCAGCCCCGGCACAGCCAGCGGCGCCCAGAGACCCCUCCCCGCCGGCACACACCCACCUGGCUGUGACGAGCUCCAGCAGCCAGUGGGUCCGCACCUGCUGGAUGCCACCAUGCGGGACGGCGCCCACGUAGGCCAGGUUGAGCUGCUGGUCCCAGCUGAGGUCGUAGCGGGCGGCCUGGCUGUGCGGCAGUGGGGGGCUGGGGCAGACCGGGGCUGUGUGAGGCCGGGCCCUGCCUGCGGCUCGGGGACAAUAAAGCGACCCCGAGGCCAGGA